CAACCGGAAGUAAGGUUGUUGUCGUGAUUUUUCUUCCCAACUCGUCCAAAGUGCAAUAUUGUUGUGUGAUUCUACUUUAUUCACGUGCUUUAGAUAGAUGACAACCCAAUUUACUAUCAAGAUAGAUAAACAUUAAUUAUUUUUUAAGUUUCUUCGUGUAAUCUUUUACUAGGUUUAACGAGUGUUGACAAGUAUAUAACUCCAUCUGUCAACUCCGUAACACGGAUGUUAGUAUACAAACAUUUCCAAGAAAAAAUAGUUGCAAGAACAAGCUUUCAUAAACACUGAUAAAGAAAAAUGAGUGGUUUUAUUGGAAAACUGGUACGAAAGAAGUACAUAGACAUAUCAACAGUUACAGAUACUAAGUUAAACAGAGUUCUAAAUACAUUUGACUUAACAGCUUUAGGUAUUGGGAGUACUUUGGGAGCUGGUAUAUAUGUAGUUGCUGGACAGGUAGCCAAAGAGAAAGCAGGACCUGCUGUUGUCUUGUCAUUUUUCAUAGCUGCUGUGGCAUCAGUUUUGGCAGGGCUUUGCUAUGCAGAGUUUGGUGCAAGAGUACCUAAAACAGGAUCUGCAUAUGUAUAUAGUUAUGUUACAGUUGGGGAAUUCAUAGCUUUUAUCAUUGGAUGGAAUCUUAUAUUAGAAUAUGUUAUAGGUACAGCCAGUGUUGCCAGAGCAUGGAGUUCUUACUUUGAUUCGCUCAUCAAUAAAACCAUCCAGCAUUUCUUCGAGGACAACAUGCCGAUGAAUGUUGGAGGGCUGUCACCUUAUCCUGAUUUCUUUGCUUUUGGUAUAACUUUACUGCUAACAUGUAUUUUAGCAAUUGGUGUUAAAGAAUCGUCUACAUUCAACAACAUAUUUACUGGAGUCAAUUUAUUAGUUGUUAUCUAUGUCAUUGUUUGUGGAGCAUUUAAGGCUGAUACACAUAACUGGAGUCUUACCAGAAAUGAGAUUGGUAACACUACAGUUUAUGGGAAAGGAGGAUUUAUGCCUUAUGGGUUCUCUGGUAUGAUGGCAGGGGCGGCUACCUGUUUUUAUGCCUUUGUAGGGUUUGAUUGUAUAGCAACAACAGGAGAGGAAGCCAAGAAUCCACAGAAAGCUAUACCAAUCAGUAUUGUUGUGUCUUUAUUUACUAUAUUCCUGGCAUAUACUGGAAUGUCUAUAAUAUUGACCUUGAUGUGGCCCUAUUAUGACCUUGACAGUGAUGCACCAUUACCGGAGGUGUUCCAUAAUGUAGGAUGGGAUGUGGCUAAAUAUGUCAUUGCUGUUGGUGCUGUCUGUGGACUUUCUACAAGUUUACUUGGAGCCAUGUUUCCGUUGCCGAGAGUUAUAUAUGCCAUGGCAUCAGAUGGAUUAGUAUUUAGAUUUUUAUCUAAUGUCAACAAGAGAUUUCAGACGCCAUUAAUAGCAACGUUCAUCUCAGGAUUACUGGCAGGUAUUAUGGCAAUGUUAUUUGACUUACAAGAGCUGGUAGAUAUGAUGUCUAUAGGAACCCUACUGGCUUAUACACUAGUAGCUGUUUGUGUGCUAAUUUUAAGAUAUAAAGUCAAGUGUUUUGCAUUCAAACAUAAAGUUGAAGUUUAUAUUGAAGAUGGAGAGGUUCAACAUGAUUCUUCCUCCAAAAGCCAUUUAUUAGGGAACACAAGUAAGAAGAAAGAGAACAAUACAAGCAGUUAUCUAAGAAAGAUGUUUAUCAGAGAUAAAAAUCAGAAGACUCCUACAAUAGAAACAGAAAAAAUCACAGAGUAUAAUAUAGCAAUUAUAGUUUUACUGGUAGUAAUUUUAAGCCUCAUUUUGGUAGUAGCAGAGGAGAGUAUAUCAGACAGUAAGCCAUGGGCUAUUGUUUUAGCUGCAAUAUUUGCUAUCGCUAUAUUUGUAAUGGUGUAUUCUAUAUGGGUUCAGCCAGAAAAUCAGGAUCCUAUACAUUUUAAGGUUCCAUUAUUGCCAUUUUUACCUGUGAUUAGUAUUUUUAUAAACAUCUACUUGAUGAUGAAAUUAUCAACAGCAACAUGGAUCAGAUUUGCCAUAUGGAUGGCAGUAGGUUUUGCUAUAUAUUUUGGUUAUGGAAUAAGAAACAGUUCAGAAGGUAAAAGUGGGCAGAGUGUUCCAUUAUUAGAAGAAACAUCUGAUCAUGAGGAUUAAAAUCAUUUACAGUAUAAAAGUUGUGCCAAAAUUGUAUAUUUUUUAUACAGAUUUAAAAAUUGUAUUUUUUAUAGCAUCAUGAUCAUCUCUUUGAAUAUAAGAUUUGAUAAAUUAAAAAUAUUGACUGUUAUUCCAUAUUGAUAAAAUAUUAGAAGGUUUUUCUAUAUAAAUGGGAUUUUGAAAAAAAUAAGAAUAUUCAGCUGCAGAAAAAGGAUAUUCACUGUGCAAAACGUUGUGUGCUUUUACUUUUUUUUAAAUUUUGGUGAAAAUGUAUGAUGUAAAAUUGGUUUUGGUAAAUCUUUUCAAUUACAUUCAUUUCUCUCUCUUAUGAAAUGAAACAUUUACUGUCUUUUGUUUCGAUAGAUAUGUGGUUUAAUAGUCCAUUUGCCAAUUACUGAUUUGAUUCUAUUAUUACACACUUUUUAAACAAAUUACUUCCCUUUGUCAAUCGUAGACUGAUUCCAUACCAGACAAGAAUCCCUUUUGCCAAUGCAAAGCAUGAUGAAUUGAAAUUAAUGUACGUAUCGGCGGUUUAACUAAUUUUUCAUGAAAAAUAAUUUCUGAUGUCAAAAGUAUUUAGCUAAACAACAAAUUAAUGUAAUUAAAAGAUUUAAAAACCUUAUAGAUUACUCACAUAACUCACAGGUAGAUUUGCUCUGCCUGCUAGCUCUCCGUUGUAAAUAAAAAAUAAUGUCGGUCAUAAGGGAGACAACCAAAUUAGGGAUCUCUAAUUACAGGGUCAAUUACAGGAAUUGGCAAAUAGCCUAUUGACUUUUGUAAUUCUGAUAUUCACUGAGGUUUCAAAAGUCAAUAAAACUGCACAUUUACCUCAUCGACAGACAGUAAUUGUUACGUAUAUAAUUAAUUUUCUGAAGAAAUUACAAUUAUGAUGCCAAAUUUUAUUGUAGAUUUUAUUUAUACUAAAUGAUUUUUGUUCUUGAUGCCAAAUAAUGUCAAAAUAUUUUAACUAAUAGAACAAAUGUUUAUGUUUGUUUAGAUUGGAAAAAAAAUAAUCUUUCAUCAAACAAUAAAUAUCUGAAAAGUGUUUGAAUGAUACUUGUGAACAUCAAUCAUAAAUUUUACAGCAACGAAUCUAAAUUUGUGAUUUAAAUCAGAUUGCAAAAUUAAAUGCAUUAAUUGAUGUCAUCAAAUAUUCCCAAUCAUAUAUGUACAAUUAUUUCUUCAUUUUAUUUGAUGUCAGUUGUGUAUAAAACCUUUCUUAGUGUAUGUCUAGUCAUAGAUUAUAAUGUUAAAUGAUAUUUUUUAAUACUCUUAAGAGCUUUAAUAGUAGUUUCUACUUAAUUUCAUACCUGUUAAUUAACUAUUCAUAUAUUUGCAUAAGAAUUCGAAACACAUAUCCUUUUCCUUAAUACUCUUGCAUAUCAUGUUAUUUUAUUGUAUGAGAUUUUUUCUUUCAUUUGCAUAAAUCAUUUAUUAUGUUAACUAUAUAAUACUAACCAUUAGUGAGUUAACAAUCAGCAUCAACCCCCAGCCCCUAACAUACUGUGGAAUCAUUAUUAAUCAUAAAGUACCAAUUUUGAUGAAUUCAUUGGUAAAAGUUAGCCCCAAAACUAAUUUUCAACACUGAGAACUAGCAAAAAGCAAUUUUUAGUCAAUCCAAGACAUUUGAUUCCCAUCAAAAUAAAUAAAUCCACUGUAUUUCAUAUAAUCUAGUAAAUAGAAAAUUUUGAAAUACUAUCUGUUCCAAAAAUAUUUAGCAUCAUAUCAAAAAUGCUUUCCCAUAAGCAACCAAAAAUCAAUCAAUCAAUCAUAACGCUAAAAGAACAUUUUAGGUAACAUUAAAUUCAACCAAUACAGCAUCACAUUACCAUGAUGCUGAAAAGCUAUGGGGACCACACUAAGCUUGCCAAAUUGUGUUUUCACAAGAUUUUAUUUUUAUAUUGCUGGUAUUAAAUUUAGUACCUGAUUGUUCUGUAAUAGCCUUAUCUUUCAAUUAUGUCUCAAAAGUUUACAUAUUUAAACAAUAUACUGUAGAUUUAUUAUUGUUCGCGGGAUACCAAUUUCAGUGGAUUUUAUAGGUGUAAGAAACCAACCAUACAUUUUAAUGUUGGGUGAGGGUCAAAUUUUGCCUUUGCCAAAACCACAAAAUUGAAUAUCAUCAAGAAUUCAAUUUUUUUCUCAAUCAAUGAUAUUUGGUUCACAAAUCCACGAAUCUUGUAAACAAAAGGUAGACUACUUUUAUAUUUCAUUUUAUCCAUCUUUUCUGUUUAUACUAAUAUUUGCAUAUUUCCUCUGAGAUUUUAUCUAUGCAUAAAUAUUCACUGUAUUAAUGACCUGAGAGUUUUAAUUCAGGAACAUUGGAUGAGGGCUGUUGUGUAUUUAUUCUCCCCAAAAAACAAGUUGAUUAAAUCUCAAUGAACCAGAGAUUGUCAUAAUUUGAAAUUUAAUUCCUUAGUUCUAGGACUUAAAUAGAUAAAUGCAAGAGUCUCAGCAGUGAGAUUAAUUGAUAGCUAUUAUAAUCUACUGGAUAAAAUGGAAGAUUUUUUCCCCUUAUGAAUAGGGAACAAUUAAUUUUAUUUUCUCAUACUAUUUUUCAAAUGAAGAUGAUAUUAGAAAGUUAUACCUUAAGUUAAUAGAUAUUUAAUUUUAGUGUUUGAAAUACUCCUUUUACCCAUACAUACUUUUUAACAUAAUUUCAAAUUGAGACUCUAAGAACCAGAGAAUAAUAUUAUGUAAAAAAUUUACAAUUUGGAAGUACAAACAAUAUUAUGUGUGAUCCUUUUGUCAUUGUAUAUCAAUUUUUAUUGUAAAACUUUGGACUAAUCAUGUAGUAUUGAACUUGGUGCUAUUAUUGUUGAUUUAUUAUUAUUAUUUGGACACCUUAUUUCUGUGAAUUUUGUGGGUGCAAUGUUCAACAAAUUACAAGUUUUUCAUAAAGUUGUAUGCAGUCUUAGACAAAAGAAUGAAAUUAAAUAUCCAUGAAAAUUGGUUCCCACAAAAAUAAAUAAACACAGUACUGUGAAUUCAGAAACUUUUGCUAUUAUUUUAUUAUAACAAAAAUUGCCACAGGAUAGUUUUCAGAAAAAUAUUUAAAGAACUCUCAUUAUAAAUUUUAAAAGCACUAUUUGUGUGAAAUAUUUCCUAAAACUACAAUAUUAAAUUUGUCUAAUGGUCAGUUGAUCAACAAUCAUAUUAAUAAAUAAUUAUUAAAAGUUUCUGAUUUGACUGUUUAUCCUGACAGUUUUGUUUUUUUAAUUAUUCAGUUUUUUAAUUGUAUUGUUCAUAUUGUAAGGCCAUGUGCAUUAAUAGAAAACUUUGUUAUUCAUACUAUUGUUAAGAUUGAAAACAAAUUGAUUUAAAAGGAAGGUGCUCUUUUUUGGUCCAUGUGGUCUUUUAUUUAGACAAGUAACCAACUUGAAAUAAAAAAAAAAAUCUAAAUAAAACACCAAACCCUUACACUUUAUAGUCAUUUUAACAAUUCCAUAAUUGACUAUAAUUAGAAAUAUAUUUUAGAGUUGCUUCCCUUGGGAGGGACAUAGAUUUUUGAUGACAAUGAAAUUGGCAAAAGGGAAACAAUUUGUGCUAAAAAAUUCAGUAAUUGAAUAUGCAAAGACUUUUUUUUACAAACAUAUAAGAUUUAAGGUUAACUUUAUGAAUUUUAUGCAUGUAUACCAAUAGUGCACCAGAGAGUAUCUUCCUUUUAAAGUCUAUUUUAAAUAUUUUAUUUAUUUAAGAAUAUCUGUGAUGAGAACAUUGUUAAAUAAAUCUUUUUAAAUUG